GAAGGUUGCCUGUGUGUCACGUUGUCUUCGACUGAGAACACCAUCCAGUUAAAGCACCGUCUCAGAGGCAUUUCCCAGUGCUCUGCUUUGGAUUUCCCAGCAAUUUCCCACACUGUUUCUGCGUGUCAUCGUUCUGCUGUGUGCCGGAAGAAAAUCUCCGACUUUUCCCGCCGCGAAUCUCUUUCUUCCGCCAGUGACAGCGGCAAUGUGAAAAGUCUCUCAGAGAGAGAGCAAGAGGGAGAGAACGAGAGCAAGAGUGAGACAGUGAAAAAUGCCAGGAAAAUCACCAGUGCAAGUGGCUCAGUGGUGACGAGAGUGAUUUUCAGUGGCGAAAAACGCAAGACUCCAGCCGGAGAGUGUCUUUUGGGCGGCUUUCCCGACAAGAAAGCAUCCCCCACCAUCAAUUUCUCUCUCUCUCCACUGGAAAUUGAUGCAGUUGACAGCUGCUCGUGAGAGUGAGACAGAUAGUAGUGAAGGGCGUGCGUGAGAGUGAGACAGAGCAGACGCGGUCGCUCUCUCGACCAUCUUGGAUGCUAAACGUCAAAUGGCUUUUCCCCAAUUUUCCCCUGGUCAGCAAUUAAUACCGAAUUAAUUGAAUCAAAUUCUCUCUCUCGGGCCACUCUCUGCGUUUUCAAUUAAUUGUGGCACCGCAGCCGAUAGAGCGAGAGGGUGAGAAUUGUGUGUGACGAGGAGCGAGAGAGCGCGGAGAGAGUGAGAAAUUUUAUCGGAUAUUUAUUGAGUACACUGGCGCCGCCUAGAGAAAAUUCAAUUCACUGAAGGCGCGGAGAAAUUAUCGCGCGCGUGUGUGUCGAAAUCCUGAAGAGAAAUCGACAGAAGAGGGACGAUUUUCGCGAUUAGAAGAGAAUCUAAGGAUAUCAGUGAUCAUCGGCGAUUGCAAGAGUGCCCGGCUUGUGGUGUGAUUCCGUGGACCGCCAGCUGAAGAACGAGUUUUCUUUUUUUGCGUGAAAAGCAAGACAGCGAUUUGAGCAAUUAGUCAUGUAUCCGACACCGGCUCGACAUCCACCGGCAGCGGGACCACCGCCUCAAGGACCCAUAAAAUUCACAAUAGCCGACACACUGGAGCGGAUAAAGGAGGAAUUUAAUUUUCUACAAGCACAAUAUCACACAUUGAAAUUGGAAUGUGAGAAAUUGGCUGGCGAGAAGACAGAGAUGCAGAGGCAUUAUGUUAUGUACUAUGAGAUGUCUUAUGGAUUGAAUGUGGAGAUGCACAAACAGACGGAAAUAGUGAAGCGCCUAAAUGCCCUAAUUAAUCAACUGCUACCGUUUCUGGCCCAAGAGCACCAGCAGCAGGUCAUCCAGGCGGUGGAGAGGGCCAAACAAAUUACCGUGCCUGAGCUGAAUGCAAUAAUUGGGCAGCAGCAUCAACAGGGACUUCAGCAACUUAUCCAACAAAUCCAUGCUCAACAACUGCCAGGUGCUCCGCCGCAGCCGAUUCCGUCUCUCGGAGCUGCCCUGGCGGGUCCUCUGGGGGCGUUUGGGGGUCCCAUUGGGCUUCCGCAUGGCGGUCCACAAGGUCUGCUCAAGGCUCCUCAGGAUCUCCACAGGGAGGACAUCAAAGUCCCACUUGGACCUGCAGCAGAGGAGCGCUUGAGAAACUCCGUGUCACCGGGUGAAAGGGAAAAGUAUCGUCCGCGAACACCUCUUGAUAUGGAAGCGGACGCCAAAAGGCGAAAGGAGGACAAGCUAACGCAUGAGAGUGAUGGUGAGAAAAGCGAUCAGGAUUUAGUUGUGGACGUCGCCAAUGAAAUGCAGGAAUCGCCUUCGCCGAGACCAAACGGCGAUCACGCGUCCAUAGAGUCGAGGGAUCGUGAUCGGGACAGUAUUGGAUUGAAUGGUGAUCGUCCGGACAAGGCGGGCAGCAGUUCAAAGCCAUCGAGUCAGGAGCGUCCACCAUCGAGAUCGGGCUCGAGCUCGUCACGUUCAACACCAAAUCUCAAGACUAAGGAUCUCGAAAAGCCGGGAACGCCGGGCGGCAAGGCGCGAUCCACGACACCCAAUGCGGCCGUGGCCGGAACGCCCAAGUCCAACGUUCCUCCCGCUCCGGCUGGCUAUCCACCGUCGCCAUAUCAGAGGCCUGCGGAUCCGUAUCAGCGUCCGCCACCGGAUCCGGCGUACGGACGCCCACCGAUGCCCUUCGAUCCGCACGGCCACGUGCGGACCAACGGCAUUCCCAUUCCCGGCGCCAUCACCGGAGGAAAGCCUGCCUACUCCUUCCACAUGAACGGCGAGGGAACGCUGCAGCCCGUGCCCUUCCCGGCGGACGCUCUCGUUGGCUCCGGGAUUCCCCGACACGCCCGCCAGAUCAACACGCUCUCUCACGGUGAAGUGGUCUGCGCCGUGACCAUCUCCAAUCCCACCAAGUACGUCUACACGGGCGGCAAGGGUUGCGUGAAGGUGUGGGACAUCUCCCAGCCCGUCAGCAAAACGCCCGUCAGCCAGCUGGACUGCUUGCAACGCGACAAUUACAUUCGAUCAGUGAAACUCCUCCCGGACGGCCGGACCCUUAUUGUGGGCGGCGAGGCGUCCAAUUUGUCCAUCUGGGACCUGGCGAGUCCGACGCCGCGCAUCAAGGCGGAACUGACCUCGGCCGCGCCCGCGUGCUACGCCCUGGCCAUCAGCCCGGACUCCAAAGUGUGCUUCUCGUGCUGCAGCGACGGCAACAUCGCCGUGUGGGAUCUGCACAAUCAGACGCUGGUCAGGCAAUUCCAAGGACACACGGAUGGAGCUUCUUGCAUCGAUAUCAGUCCCGAUGGCAGCCGCCUGUGGACUGGUGGAUUGGAUAACACAGUGCGAUCGUGGGACUUGCGAGAGGGACGACAGUUGCAGCAGCACGACUUCAGUUCACAGAUCUUCUCCCUUGGGUAUUGUCCGACAGGUGAAUGGCUGGCAGUUGGCAUGGAGAAUUCGCACGUUGAAGUGCUCCAUGCGUCGAAAACGGACAAAUACCAGUUGCAUCUGCACGAGAGUUGCGUUCUGUCGCUCAGAUUUGCCACGUGUGGUAAGUGGUUCGUCUCAACCGGCAAAGAUAACCUGCUGAAUGCUUGGCGCACGCCAUACGGAGCCAGUAUAUUCCAGUCGAAGGAAACGUCGUCGGUUCUGAGUUGCGACAUUUCCACUGAUGAUAAGUACAUCGUGACCGGAUCGGGAGACAAGAAGGCCACAGUCUAUGAAGUGAUCUACUAAGUAGAAACAGAAUCACUUCUAUCGACACACCGAAGACUGACUUAAGGAAGGUGACAAGCAGGAGAAAAAUCUGGACAUUUGAUGAGAGAAAUAUUGUGGACUCUCUCUGAAGAAGAAGGAAGAAGAAAGAAAAAAAUUGUGUAGAAAUAUAUUUGACGUUAAUUAUGUGGGCGGAGAGAAAGUGGUGAAAAGAAAUUAUUCUGUAACUGUAGGAAUGUACUUUUGGAGAAUGAUUGGCUCUAGUGUUUAAGGAAUUUAACAGUAAAACACGCAGAUGAUAAGAGUGGAAAUUUGUAUAAGUAUAGUAAUGUGAAUUUAAUGCACAUGUGAUAAAUCCACAAAUUAAUAGCACAUUCGUACAAGUAUAAAUGGAAUUAUAUAUAUAUAU